CAGACAACCGGAAAUUAAGACCUUCACUGGAGGGUUAAUAUAUGAUGAUGCCACGUACGAGUCUUGUAGGUAGAAUGGCCUGCGAAUUCAAGAGGAUAAUCAGAAUAGUUAUAAAAGUGGUGAUCCAGGCCAGUGAAACCAGGCGAAACCCAGGUACCUAAAAGUAGAAUGACAGUUGCCUUCGGGAUCGUAUAGCGAUCAUUGCCGUGCCAACAACCCGGAAUGCAUGUCAAACCCCUGCAGCGAGACAUCUUAAAAAUUUCAGGGUGAAAAUCCAUCACAGAGGGAAGCGGCAAUCUCAAGACCUUCCUGGCAUGACUGGAGUUUGGUGACAAUUUAUGACAGCUCCCACGCCUGCUACUCCUGAGCUCAUACUCCGAUAUUUUCGUUGCUCCCCUAUUGUCCAUAAUUAUAGCACCCCGUUUCCCAGGGCAAGGAGGGAACCUUCACAAGACGAUGGUGCCAUCCAUUCUCACAAGCCCAACGUCCAGAAAAUCAGAAGAUGAGACCAAACUUGCACCUUCAUCACCGCAGUCGAUCAGAGAAAUCGAAACCAAGACCGCCGCCCUCCCUUUUGUCCCUGAAACAGAGCCCAUCCGCUCUCCUAUCCGCUCUCCCAUCCGGCAAGACGAUGACUACGACCCAUUUGCCGGGGCAAAGCCGUGCUCUCCAUUCUAUCGCCAUGCUACGUUGUUACAUAAAGUUGACCGACUGACAAUCCAACCGAAACGGUCGCGGAGCGUGGAGGAAAACCCGACCGACAACGAGGAGAGUCGGGUGCUAUGGCGGCGCCUGGAUGACGAUGAAGCACCGGACCAGCGAGGGCGAGGGCCAAAACUUUGGGUUCAGGAGAAGAGGCGAUGCGACUGCAUGCAGGGCCUCACCAAGAAACAACGACUACUAGUCAAGGUGGCCGUGGCCGUGAUUACUGUAGGAAGCAUGGUGGCUAUUGCAGUAGGGAUUACCGCAGCCGUGGGAGGGGGCGUGUGGAAACCUGAUCACCAGCAAAAGGCUUUUGGAGGAUAGACUACGGUGAGCCAGAGGCUUUUGAAUGGGCGAUUUUUUCUUCUUCUCUAACGCCCGUGAAGGUGACCAGGCUUCGACAGUCAUGCAUAGAAGAUACAGCUGGGCGAAGUGUGGCGGUUUUGUAUGUAUUUUGGAUUCUUGUCGACCAUAUUGUAUAAUAGGAUUUGGUGUUUAUCAGGCAGGGAGGCACUCGUGUUUUUUUUUUUUUUUUUUUUUUUUU